CCGAUUCACUGGAUCUUUAGCAGAAUUAGCCCGUCACGUUACCGCGGUGGAUUUUAUGGAUAGCUUCCUGAACCGGAAUCGGCAAGGAAACAGCCACCGGACCAACAUCACGUUUUUGCAGGCCGAUGUCACCAAUUUGGAAUUUCCAAGCCAGAGUUUUGACCUCAUCUUCUCCAACUGGCUGUUCAUGUACCUGUCGGACGCCGAGCUAAAUGCUUUGGUCCAAAAGAUGCUGUUGUGGCUACGACCGCAGGGCCAUAUCUUCUUCCGGGAAUCGUGUUUUUACCAGUCCGGAAACAGCCCAAGACGUUUUAACCCUUCCUUUUACCGAAAGCCUGCAGAAUACAAUCAACUGCUCACUUCGGCACAAGUGUCAACUGGAAACCUGUCUUAUGGCUUUGAGAUUGUCCUGUCUCGGUCAGUGAAAACCUACAUCAAGAAAAAGCAAAACCAGAAUCAGAUUUGCUGGCUUCUCCAGAAAGUCCCCCGGGAGCUCAAAAACACGCUUGGAUAUGACACCUUCCAGAAAUUUCUGGACAACGAGCAAUAUGCCACUCGGAGCAUCCGGCGCUACGAAUGGGUCUUUGGACCCACGUUUGUCAGCACAGGGGGCUUGAAGAGCACCAAGGAGCUGGUACGCUUGUUGGAUUUGAAACCAGGUCAACGUGUGCUGGACGUGGGCUGUGGACUUGGGGGUAGCGAUUUUUACCUGGCCAAGGAAUUUGGGGUGGAGGUCUUAGGCCUUGAUCUUUCCUCCAAUAUGGUGGAGAUGGCGCUGGAACGGGCGCAGGAGGAACCCAGCUCACUGGUCCAAUUUGAAAUCAGUGACGUGACCCGGAGGAUAUUCCCGCAAGCCUCCUUUGAUAUUGUUUACAGCCGAGACACAAUCCUGCACAUUGAAGACAAAAUCGGUCUUUUUCAGAGGUUCCUGUCAUGGCUGAAAGCUGGCGGGCAGCUUCUCGUCUCCGAUUAUUGCUGUGGGCCGCGUCCGUGGUCCACCGCUUUCACGCAAUACGUCGAGCAGAGGAAGUACAACCUGCUUACCCCGGAAGAGUAUGGCCAGUUACUGCAAGAGGCCGGCUUUGUCCAGGUCCGAGCGCUGGACUCAACGGACCAGAUGUUGUCUGCAUUGACUCAAGAGCUUCAAGCACUGGAGACAAGCAAGGAGAAGUUUGUCCAGGAGUUCUCGGAGGACGAGUUCGAGUCCAUGGCAUCCGGAUGGCGAGCAAAACUGCAACGUUGCGCAGCCGGAGACCAACGCUGGGGGGUCUUCCUCGCUCGGAAGCCAGAGUAG